UAGAAGAUUCACAUCAAAUCGAAAUUUAUGUGGAGUGAUCUACCAACAGAAAGAGUUAAAAGAGGAAACCCGUAAUACGAUCGUUGGUUAUCGGAUUGUGGCCCGACGAACCGCGCUUGUAUAGUUCUGCAAUUCACAUGCUCCUCGUGCAGAUUUCAGGAAUGUCCGGAAAUGCUUUCUACGGGAGCUAGAAGCCCGCUUCCCCAUUUUUUCUUUCAUGUCGAUUGAAUUCGACCUCUAAAAUCGAUCAUCUAUGUGAAGACUUGCGCUGAUAGUUUGCAGUUUGUGCAAUUUAAUCUCCACGCCUCUCCAGACUCUCAUCUUUCUCUACCUGACAUUACUAAUUCAUGCUUCUAGGGUUUUUUCCCGACUGAAAACUGAAGUAUUGAGAUGGCGGACCCGUCGUCGCCCGGUCGGAGCUCCACGACCAUAACGGAUCUCGACAUGGACAGUCUGACCCGUUGCGCGAGUUACCUCAGCCUUCGAGACAUCUCGAACAUGGCCAUGUCGUGUAAAUACCUCAAUAGAGCUGCGUACUCUGAUUCUAUCUGGCAAUCGCUUUACAGGAUUCCCAUUGGAGUUAGCAGGGAGGAGUGGCCGCAUGUUGUAUCUCUGAGGUCUUGUCAAGAUUCCAGCAUCAGAGAAGCUUAUCUGUCUAGGCAUACUGCUUUACAUCAGUUUAAAUAUGUUGAUCCCCUACUCUGCGACAUAUAUACAGUUGGAAAGCCUCCACACCACAUACUAUUUGACAAAAACAACAUUAUAUUCUCGCAGGGUCCAUCAAUACACACCUUGAACAAUGACGACCUCAUUAACGGAAACAUCUCUUUUCUGACUCGUGGUAACCAUAAUGCUAGAAUCACUUGUAUGAGAUUGUUUUCACUCGGUGAGGCGUAUCUACAUCAAAGUGAGUCUGAAAAAGAUGAUAAUGUUCUGAUAACAUCAAGUAAUGACCAUUUUAUUCGCCUAUGGUCAAAGGGAGGGAGCCGAUGCUUCAAAGGUCAUCAUGGCCCAGUGUUGACCCUCUCAAAUGAACUAUUGGGCGAUGAUAAUGGGAAACUGUUUGCUAGUGGAGGUGAAGAUGGUACUGUUCGCCUCUGGUCCAUCAACUCCUCUGGAAAGCGAGGCCAGCAUGCACUGAAAGCUACACUUUACGGACAUGAAAAAGCUGUGUCACUAAUGUCAGUUGCUGGGCAUAAAACAUCUCUGCUGGUUAGCAUUUCAAGGAAUGGCAAGGUUAGGGUUUGGGAUACCACAUCAGCGUCAUCUUCUAUUCGUUCUUUAUGUUGUGUUGGAAUGACAUCUAUACCUCUCUCACCUGUGGGUAUGAAAUGCCAUGAGAAACUGGUCUAUGUUGCUGCUGGGUCCUCUGUAAUUGCAAUUGAUUUGAGAACAAUGCAUAGAGUCUUCACAUUGGUCCAGCAAGCACAAAUACAUUCAUUUGAAUUUUUGCCCUCAAAGUCCUUACUUUGUACUGGUGGAACUGGCAGAGCGCUUCUCUGGGACACCAGGAGAGUUUCCAAUACAGUCAAAGUAGAACCAAGUGCUGAAUUGGAUGGACAUGUCGGCCCUGUAAAGCUAUUGCACAUGGAUCUACACAAAGUUGUUACGGGCGGACCAGAUGAUCCUCUUGUCAAUGUUUGGGAAGCCAAUACUGGUACACGGACAAAUUCUUUGAUUUGUUCACCUCAAGAUAGAAUGGCGGAAGGCUUAGGAUGCUCGGCAAUGGCUGUGGAUGGAUGUCGUAUUGUUACUGCCAGUGGUGACGACCAAGAAAACACCAUUGUGCGUUUCAGAGACUUCAGGGUUGCUACCUGUCAUGUUUCAUCGAAUCGAUCUGAAGCAAAUAGUUCAGCCGUUUCCAAGUUCUGGGGUCCCCAUUCAGACAGUGAUUCAGAAGAAUUAGACUGGCAGUAGUAGUGAACCGUGGAAAAUUGGAAACUAUUGGCUUUGGCUAAGAGACCAGCUCUCUGCCUGUUCAGUCGCUCAUUCCUGACCUUCUAAGUGGGUUCUAGCUUGAGCUGGCAUAGUUUGUUCCCCUUGUAGGUCAAGGUUGAGAAUCCCUACGGAAUGGACGAUUAUUGAUCCUUGCUUUGUUAUGAUGAGCUUGUAAAUAAUUUUGCUAAUCAAACCCCAAAGGAACCUCAGUUUUGCCA